UAUGCAAGUUCAAUUGAAUAUAUACCUCUCUUGGAUUGUUUGCAGUUUGGUAUAAUCCAUUUAUUUAAGUGUUUCGACACAUGUUAAUGACGAAACCUGGAGUGAAAAUAAAUUGCGAUAUAACAAUUGUCUCCGAUGUGUCUAUCAAAAAUGCUGUACCAGAUAGAUUUGAUGUGGAUUGGAUUACGCAUGUGAUAAUGAGCAUUCAGUGAAGUACCCAUGGAUAACAGCAAUAACGGGGAAACGCAAAACGCGCCAUUUCAUUUGAACAAUUUCGUGUAUGCCGUUGAACAAAAGUUUCAUUACAUCUACCAUUUUAAUAAAUGUGUGGUAAAAUAAGUAUACACCAGCAUAUGUAUAAUGUCUAAGGAAUGAAAAAAUGCUGACAUUCGUAUCUUCAUCCGACCGACGAUUAAAACCUUAUGGCUUAAAUUGAUAAAGUAAUAUUUUGCAUAAAACUCUUUUUUAAGAGACUCUGUUGCACGAAGCUACGCAACUUAAGACACACGUUUGUUUUCCGAAUAUUAUGACGACUAAAUAUUAUUAUAAUUAACAAUAACAAAUCGUCGAAAAAUCAAUGAAAAAAUCAAAUUUGUAAAACGUUUAAUGUAUGAAGUCUUUUGAGACGUCUAAACAAAAAGAACACAGCUUCAAAUAGCAUUAAUAUUCUCUAAUGACAUUUCAUAAGACAAGCAUGAGAAUUUCAAAAGUUUAAUUAUCUCUUGAAGCUACACUUGAACGUUUUACAGACAAAAUAAUAGCUCAAUAAUUAAGGAAGAUAGAUUGAUCGUUUAAGAAAUGAAAAGUGAUAAAAUAAUCUUUCAAAAAUGGAAUAGAAUGUAAUGAUCAUUUCAAUUUGCUUAACAAAACAACAAUCGUUUAAAAAUGGAAAAAAUGCGAAAUUCUUAAAAAAAAAUGAUUCCAGCCGAAAUUUAUGUUCAAGCAAUGGAUUCGGAGUUGGAUAUAAACAUGCGUGCUAUUGAGCUGCUUAAUGCAAUUAAAUCGGCGGUUCAACAAAAAAGGUCAAAACGUUCUUUCAAGCUGCCAAAUAUUAAAAUAAACAAGCAUCGUCCUAGAUUGAUCAUCAAGGGAAAUAACAACUGGCAUCAGCAGAGCAUGUAUUCAGAAGACGAGGGCAAUUUUCCAGACAACAUCAUAGAAACAGUUGCGCGCGCAAACACGAUCGCCACAGAUCAUGCGCAAGUCUUACCGGAAAUCCGUGCGGCGCCAUGUCAAAUCUACACCAAACGACAGGAAAAUGGCAGAGCUUUAAACACAGACAUUCCUUCCCCUCGACGACAAAAACAUUCGCAGUUAACACAUCAAGCAAAUAACACAUCUAGUCAACAAACGCAAGGAGAUGAUAAGACUAUUAAUGUGAGACUACCAGAACAAUUUUCGACCAAACCGCCGCCGAUGUUGCCUAAAAAAAUGUCGUCAAAGGAGUUUGUUAAGACAUGGCUAGUUCACGGAUCUGAUCCACAGGGAAACAAUCAUUUCCCGGAAAUAAUCCCGAAUCCUAUUAAGACUAGGAAAAGUAAAUCAAAAUCAAAAUCCAGAAUUGCUAAAGCCAGUAUUGUGGACUAAGAAGUAACAGUCUUGUUGCGUACUGUAUAUUGCUUUAAUCUAGACGCAAUUGAGGAAUUGUCUAUAUAUGUUAUUUAUCUUUUAUCAGUUGAUUAGUGAAAAAAAAUGCACAUUUUACUCCAGGCAAUUCUUUUCGGGGGGUAGGUUAAUUAUAAUAGCCGCUUUGUCCGUUCGCACGUCUCGUUUUCUUGUCCAACCUUUCUCCAAUAAACCAUUAGCCAGUACCUGAAGAGACUGUAUGGAAAGAUUAAUAACAAAGAGGUAUGCAUUUAACAAGAAUGUUCUGCUUCCAUGAUUUUCAUCGGACUAGUCCAGUUUUCAAAUGCGUUGAAAAUGUAAUUCUUUCUCGGACUAUUUUCUGGCCAAAGUCAUUAACAUUUAAGCUUCGCUCUGGGCAAACGGUACAAAAAGGCAUGUAUUACUGUCGUGCCAGAUAAGCGUGCGAAGUCCGCAUAGGCUUAUCAGGGACGAUUCUCUCCACCAUCGUUUAAACGAAAAAUGCCAUAAAAGUUGAGUGUCGCGAAAGUAUUAAUCCCAGUUUCCCCGACACCUAUGCUCAUUUUAUGAAAAACAUCCCAAUCAAAAUGCCACUGAAACAUAACGUCCUAGAUGUAUGCACUACUUUUUCCUCUUGGCAAUAAAAUGUUACGUAGUCGCAAUAGAGCCCCAUAACUCAGUACCAAUUUUAUUGAGGCAAAACAGGCUUGUACAAGGGACAUAUUUGUCACAAGACCAGGUUUUCAAUUUGAAAAAAAACUGAUAAAGGGAGACAAUUCAAAAUGUGCAUUGUUACUUAGUGUUCCUAGUUACCCCCCUUGUGUCAAAUUCAAUAUAUUUUUAGUCGUAGAGACCUUGAUUUCGAACGAACCAUAAAAUCCCAACAAUAGGCGCCAGGGCUUGUGAAAGUUUCAUUGAAAUCCGUUGAGAAAUGAAGGAGGAGUUGCGCUCGGAAGAAUUCUUCCGCCCGCCCGCUCGCCGACAUUCACAAAUCUAAUAACCAGUUUUUUCAUCCGGAAAACCUGGUUAAAAAUGCCCGGUUCCUCUUGGUAAUGAAACUUUAAAUUAAAUGUAAUUGAAUUCAAGCCGAUAGUGAAACAACCUGAUCGCAAAUGGUCAAUUAUGAAUUAUGUACGUGUUUAAGAAAUCUUUUAAGUCCUGUCGCUCUGAAAAAAAAAAUUCAAGUGGAACUUACUUUAAAUAUGGGUCAUAAUGCUUCCCAACAAGGUUUGUUGAUUUAAAGCCAAAAGUCGCUGGAAAAUAGAAGCGCAGACGGACAACAAGACAUCCAUAUGCUCACCACCAUAUGGGUCGCGUUCUGAGAAAACUGGGCAUAAUGCACGUGCGUAAAGGGUCGUCCCAGAUUUGCCUGUGCAGUCCGCUAAUCAGGGACGACACUUUCCGCAUAAACUGGAUUUUUGCUAAGAGACUUCAUUUAAACGAAAAAUGUCAUAAAAGCGGAAAGUGUCGUCCCUGAUUAGCCUGUGCAGACUGCACAGACUAAUCUGGGACGACACUUUACGCAUAUGCAUUAUGCCCAGUUUUCUCAGAACGCGACUCAUAUGAACCUCGUUGUGAAAAAACUGAGCUGCAUGCAUGUGCUUAGUUUCGUCCCAGAUUAGACUGUAAAGUCCUCACAGGCUAAUCAGGGAUAAAACUGUCCACAUACACUGGAUUUUCGUUGAGAGAAUUCCUUUAGUCUAAAAAUUUCAUAAAAGCGGUAAGUGACGUCCUUGAUAAGCCUGUGUGGACUUCACAGGCUGAUGUGGGACGACACUUAACGUGCAUGAAUUAAUCCCAAUUCUUGAAUAAGGAGGCUCACUUUUUGGAACAUAAUAUAAAUAACUAAUAAUUACACAUGUUAAUUGUAUAUUAGUUAUAUACAACAAAACAAAAUGUUUUUUGUGUUUAAUAUGAAUAGUAUGAUUUAAUAAAUCAAUAUAUUACUUUCUUCACAAAAAUAUAGCCGAUUCCAAUCUAGACAAUGUUCUUUUUUCAAACAUGUUGCAUACAUACAUUUUGGCAUGCACAAUACAGUUUAGUUUAUAUUGAAUGCCUCUUUUAAUCCACUGCAGCGCCAGCAUCUCCAGCUUUAUCCAUCUUCUGCUGAACCACAGCAGCGGUUCUGUCGACAGAUAACGGGAUGUCGUAUCUUCGGCAAUCUCAGUAUCACCCUCGGGCCAUCCAUCUUCAUGUCCGUGAUAUCUGCUACCCAUUUACGCUGCUGUUCAGCCUCCAAUCCACAGGCUGCCAUCAGAUUUCGCUCAGGAAUCAUGUAAUAUGGCAGAUGGUAAAUAUGGUAAAUGAUAUUGGAGUUCGGAG